CGCCGGGAAUCAUCGAUCCCUCUUUCUCUUCUUCCUCCGUUUCUCCGAUUUCUUUCUGAAAUAAGAGGCUAUGAUGACCAAAAUCUACCUAUUUUAUGAGAGGGCUAAUCUCCUCUCUGAUUAAGGUACAUUCCAAUGGAUCCUUCUGAGCCUCCGCCGCUUUCUUGAUCUGCUAUUUGUGCGCGCCGCGAGAGCAUGAUUCUGUUCCCACCACAACAAUCAUGCACCUAACAACUAAACCCGCACGUCUUGAACUGGUUCUUCACCUCCUCCGUUAUAUAAUGAAACCAAAAGUGAACCAGUAAUCAUGCUGGACAUCCAUGGAGGAAUCGGGCAAGAAGCACUUCAUCCUCGUGCAUGGGAUCUGCCAAGGCGCAUGGUGCUGGUACAAGCUCAUCACCCUUCUCAGGUCAGCCGGCCAUUUCGUCAUCGCCGUCGACCUCGGCGCCACCGGGGUAGACCCACAGAGGCUCGACGAGCUCAGCUCCAUGGACGACUACGCCCGCCCGCUGUUCCACGCCAUCGCCUCCCUCCCGCCUCACCAGAAGCUGGUCCUCGUCGGCCACAGCUUCGGCGGAGCCAGUGUCUCCCUUGCGAUGGAGAAGUUCCCCGACAAGAUCUCCGUCGCCGUCUUCGUCACCGCCGUCAUGCCGAGCACCACCGUUGCCAUGGCUGCCCUCACGGACGAGUUCUUCAAGGGGCAUCCAGCUGAAGCCUACCUGGAUUCGAAGGUCUCGAUCAGCUCAGAUCCCCAGAACCCUUCGAGCAGGAUAGAGUUCGGCCCCGAGUACAUGUCGAACAGACUGUACCAGCUCAGCCCAGCUGAGGACCUGACGCUGGGGACGCUGCUCGUGAGGCCAGGGAGUUGGUUUUUGGGCGAUCUGCUACGCGAUGGAAUUGUCACGGAGGAGAAGUACGGGUCGGUGAGAAGGGUGUUCAUCGUGUGCAAGGAGGACUUGGCCAUGGCCGAGGGCUACCAGCGUUGGAUGAUAGAAGCCAGCCCGGGGGCGGAAGUGGAGGAGAUCGAAGGUGCCGAUCAUAUGGCGAUGCUCUCCAAGCCGGUGGAUCUGUGCAAACUCCUCCUCGAGAUUGCCGCAAGAUAUUGAUGUCAAAGGCACAUACGUGUCGGUGGUGCUAUGUAGUUUCUGGAACAUGAACGAUUAAUAAAAUACAAUAAAUGUUUGCCAUCUAAAAA